AUGUUCCGCAAGAAAAAAAAGAAACGCCCUGAGAUCUCGGCCCCACAGAAUUUCCAGCACCGCGUCCACACCUCCUUCGACCCCAAAGAAGGCAAGUUCGUGGGCCUCCCCCCACAAUGGCAGAACAUCCUGGACACACUGCGGCGACCCAAGCCCGUGGUGGACCCUUCACGCAUCACCCGGGUGCAACUCCAGCCCAUGAAGACAGUGGUGCGGGGCAGCGCGGUGCCCACGGACGGCUACAUCUCGGGGCUGCUCAACGAUAUCCAGAAGUUGUCAGUCAUCAGCUCCAACACCCUGCGUGGCCGCAGCCCCACCAGCCGGCGGCGGGCACAGUCCCUGGGGCUGCUAGGGGAUGAGCAGUGGGCCGCCGACCCGGACAUGUACUUGCAGAGCCCCCAGUCUGAGCGCAGGGACCCCCACGGCCUCUACCUCAGCUGCAACGGGGCCGCACCAGCAGGGCGCAGGCACGUGCCAUGGCCCGAGCCACAGAGCCCGCGGGUCUUGCCCAGUGGGCUGGCCACCAAGGCACAGUCCCUGGGCCCCACCGAGUUCCAGGGUGCCCCGCAGCGCCGCCUACAGAGCUCCCCAACCGGCACCUCAGCCUCCACGGCUGCGGGCAGGCGGGGGCCCAAGACUGCCGGGCAUGGCUCUGAGGAGGCCCGGCCACAGUCCUGCCUGGUGGGCUCGGCUGCAGGCAGGCCGGGCGGGGAGGGCAGCCCCAGCCCUAAGACCCUGGAGAGCAGCCUGAAGCGCAGGUUGUUCCGAAGCAUGUUCCUGUCUGCUCCUGCCGCCGCCCCUCCAAGCAGCAGCAAGCCAGGCCCUCCACCACAGAGCAAGCCCAACUCCUCUUGCAGACCACUGCAGAAAGACCGCCCCCCAAGCCUGGUGGCCAAGGCCCAGUCCUUGCCCUCAGACCAGCCCGUGGGGACCUUCAGCCCUCUGGCCACCUCGGAUACCAGCAGCCCCCAGAAGUCCCUCCGCACAGCCCCAGCUGCCGGCCCUCCUCCAGGACGGUCUUCCCCGGCAGGCUCCCCCCGCAACCGGCACGCCCAGAUCAGCACCAGCAACCUGUACCUGCCCCAGGACCCCGCAGUGGCCAAGGGUGCCCUGGCUGGUGAGGAAACGGGCGUUGUGACACAUGAGCAGUUCAAGGCUGCACUCAGGAUGGUGGUGGACCAGGGUGACCCCCGGCUACUGCUGGACAGCUACAUGAAGAUCGGCGAGGGCUCCACGGGCAUCGUCUGCCUGGCCCGGGAGAAGCACUCGGGCCGCCAGGUGGCCGUCAAGAUGAUGGACCUCAGGAAGCAGCAGCGCAGGGAGCUGCUCUUCAAUGAGGUGGUGAUCAUGCGGGACUACCAGCACCUCAACGUGGUGGAGAUGUACAAGAGCUACCUGGUGGGCGAGGAGCUGUGGGUGCUUAUGGAGUUCCUGCAGGGCGGGGCCCUCACGGACAUCAUCUCCCAAGUCAGGCUGAAUGAGGAGCAGAUCGCCACCGUGUGCGAGGCCGUGCUGCAGGCCCUGGCUUACCUGCACGCCCAGGGUGUCAUCCACCGGGACAUCAAGAGCGACUCCAUCCUGCUGACCCUCGACGGCAGGGUGAAACUCUCGGACUUCGGAUUCUGUGCACAGAUCAGCAAAGAUGUCCCUAAGAGGAAGUCCCUGGUGGGAACCCCCUACUGGAUGGCUCCCGAAGUGAUCUCCAGGUGUCUGUAUGCGACUGAGGUGGAUAUCUGGUCUCUGGGCAUCAUGGUGAUUGAGAUGGUAGAUGGAGAGCCACCCUACUUCAGUGACUCCCCAGUGCAAGCCAUGAAGAGGCUCCGGGACAGCCCCCCACCCAAGCUGAGGAACUCUCACAAGGUCUCCCCAGUGCUGCGAGACUUCCUGGAACAGAUGCUGGUGCGAGACCCCCAGGAGAGAGCCACGGCCCAGGAGCUCCUGGACCACCCCUUCCUGCUGCAGACGGGGCUGCCCGAGUGCCUGGUGCCCCUGAUCCAGCUCUACCGCAAGCAGACCUCCACCUGCUGA